CCAACUGAUUCCCACGGGUUUCACAAGAUUUCUCUCCCAAGAGAAAAGCUCUCUUUCUCUCUCGACCAAACCCUCGUCCAUAACCCAACAAGGUACGACGAUCAUCAGCUUCAGCUUGCCUCUCGAUUAGUCCACCGCUUGCGAACCCGUGCUUCUUUAGUUGGUUUAUGCUUUUGGGGCUAUAGCGGCUGGUGGAAUGGCUAAGAGUUACUUCAAGCAAGAGCAUGAUCUGGAGAAGAGGCGCGCGGAGGCUGCCAGGAUAAGGGAGAAGUACCCAGACAGAAUUCCGGUGAUUGUGGAGAAGGCUGAGAGAAGUGAUAUCCCGAACAUUGACAAGAAAAAGUAUCUCGUUCCUGCUGACUUGACAGUCGGACAAUUCGUAUACGUUAUUCGCAAAAGGAUCAAAUUGAGUGCAGAGAAGGCAAUUUUCAUCUUUGUGGACAAUGUUCUCCCACCAACUGGGGCAAUCAUGUCUGCGAUAUAUGAAGAGAAGAAGGACGAAGAUGGGUUUCUCUACGUCACUUACAGCGGAGAAAACACAUUCGGGCUUGGGUGUUAGAUUUCGAUAGCUACCUUGCCAGGUGGCCUAUUUCCGCUCACUUUCCGGUGCUAUUUACUUUUGACAUUUCACCGCAUGCUUUAUGAAGAAUUUCAUGGCAAAUAGUAUUAUGUACAGCUUGUGUAUAAGCUGCGACUAUCAGUUUAAUGAAGUUCCCGCUCGGUGCUUUCGAUGCUGGCGAAUCUUUUAAGAC